AUGCUCCACAGGAUCAGUCCUCUUGUGAGCACUUUGCUGCUGGUGCUAAUCGCCUUGAAGCCAGGCAGCGCAGAGCAAGCUACACCACCAACGGUCAAAUAUACUGCAAAGCUUGAAGACGGCGUCCAGUGUCUUGACGAGAUCAACACUGCACGAGAGGCAGCCGGGUUGUCCAGCUUCACACAGGCUACCCAAAGCGACCAGUUGUCUAACCCGCCUAACUCCGAUUUAGAGCAAAACAGCGAGUGGAUGAAAAUUUGUCAACACUUGAUACCAACACAAGACGCAAAGAUUCAAGUGGCCUCAGAGGUAGACAGUCCGUUUAAGGAUGGAACGUACGCAUUCAAAUCUCUCACUGCCGCGAAACCCAGCUGCAACGAAACGGUCGAAUACUGGAAGGCAGCGCUCAAAAAUUUCACUGGACUUCCGCCGUCAAAGAAACAAGCCAACGGCCUGUACGACAAACAAGACAACGUUUCCUUCGUGGCUCUCUACAACCCCUCAUCCAGUGCCACUGCGGACUGCCGGGUCGUGACGUGCACUAAGAAAACAAGCUCUGACUCAGAUCUGCUUUCACAAUCUAAGGCGGAGGAGACUCCGGAAUACGGCUAUGCGCUGAUUUGCAAGACAAUGCCUGAUGCUCUUGCAGAUGAAAAUUCCGCCCCAUUCACGCAACAGCAGUGGGACGGGAUCGUCUCCUCCCUCACAGGUUCUGCAUCUGCCGCAGUCCCGAAACUUGUGGGCAUUUUCAUCCUCGCGCUCGGCAUGCUGGCACUGUGA